AUGCAGACCCCGCGUCUGCGAUGCGACACGUGCAACGCGACCUUCCAGCGACGGGAGCACUAUCAGCGCCACAUCCGCACCCAUACUAAGGAGCGUCCUUUUGCCUGCUCGGAAUGCGGACAGACCUUUGGCCGAGUUGACUCUUUGACCCGCCAUCUCGGUACUAUUCAUCAACGCGGUAGUCGACCGGAUUGCGACAGGGACGAAGGCCGGCGCCGGGUUGCCCGCGCGUGCAAACCUUGCAAUCAAUCCAAGCUCCGCUGUGAUGGACGACUUCCCUGCCAUCGUUGCCACAGCCAUAACAUCCAAUGUCACUACGAAGCCCCUCAGAAGCGAAGAUUGACAGGAUCCGGUGGUCCGGUCGAUGACCAAUUGACUAAAUGUCCCCGGGCUGCUGCUGCUGCCGCCGAAACACAAAGCGCGACGCUGUUAUCGACUGCAAGCAGCGAAGACGUCACGCAGUCGGCUGUCGCAGACUUCCUUCCCCCAUCGCCAUCGACUCAAACAGCCUCUCAUGGCUUGGACUCACUUGAAGCUGCUACGUCCGGCGCUCCCGGUGUUGCAGCCAUCGGCGGCUGGACACAGUUACUCGAACCCCUCAAUCCUAACUAUGGCUCUAGAGUUUUUGAUUUCGCGACCGAGGAUUUUGACAGCCUUUUCGACUUGGACCGGGACUUGGGUCUGGAUUUGGACCGGGACUUGAGUUUUGAUCCGCAGGCCUAUACCCCGCCCAACUUUCCGGAUAACGAUGAGGUAGCACGAACGGCGCCUACCGGAGUGGAACAUGCUGGUCAUGCUUCCCAUCCCCCUGUCACAGAGACCUAUCAAGUAGCUACGCCUCUGAGCCCGACUACCUUGGUCGAAAUGUACCACCAGGGCUGUUCCCCUGGUCCCGAUGCGGAGGCUAUAGAGCUACGACAAUAUCACCCCGCGGUCGAUGGCACGGAUCCGCAAUUUGGCUUCCCGGCUAUGGACGACAGCUCUCUGGAGCAGAUAGAUCGCGAGAACCUAGCUCAUGUUCCUGAGGUCUCGCCCACGGUGGUGGACAACGUCGCCCAUGUGGCUAGAACCAUGCACACCACUGCUUUUCAUCGUCCGUUCCUGGAGCUCCGCUUCCCGCCUACAAUUGUUCUCAAUGCUUGGGUGCAGCUCUAUUUCGAACACUUCCACCCCAUUCUGCCCAUACUCCACAAACCCACCUUCAAUAACCAAAAGACUCACUGGCUGUUAAUAUUCGCAGUCAGCGCCGUUGGGGCUCAAUUCUCUGAUCUCCCCAAGGCCCAUAGCUGUGCCAGGGCGAUGCACGAGAUGGUGCGCCGACAAACUAAUUUCUUGUGUGAGCAGCAAAACAAAUUCAGUCGUGAGCUUUGGAUGACGCAGGUCAUUCUGCUGAAUCAACUGGCGCUCGCGUAUUCCGGUGAGCGAAGGGACCUGGAGUUGGCGGAGCUGUAUCAGGCCAUCCCAGUCACUCUGGCCCGCCGCAAGAAAUUGUUUGCCUACGCUACGUCCUUCCAGAAGAUGGCGCGGCUGGAAAUGUCUCUGCUCCAAAGGUGGCAGAUAUGGACUCUUGAUGAGGAACGGCGUAGAGCGGGCUUUGCUGUCUGGUUGCUCGACUCCGCGUUUCAGUCCGAUUUCGAUCUUACGACCCUCAUGAACGAACGGGAAUUGCAAAACACGCUCCCACAGCCUGAGGAUCGGUGGGCGGCACGGAGUGCUUCAUGUUGGGCUAGCUUCCCACCUCCAGCGAAAGCUCCAUCGCGGCUGAAUGAGACGGUGUCAGACCGAGACUGGGUUCUUUCCUGGAACCGUACAGGGACGAUCGGAAAACAAGCGAUCCUCCGGUUACUUUGCAACAUUGUGCAGGCUAGUAGUACCUAUUCACGGCAAUCACCUGCAGUUGAUCGAGAGGGCGAGGUGGUAGUGGAGGCAUUGAGACGUCUUCUUUCAUUGCUAGAUGCUGACGAACAGAAUUUGCCGCCAAUGGAGCUCAAGGCAUCUGUGGCCCAUCGGACUAUGAUUCUCUCUGCCCUUAUGAUCAGCCAAGCUCCACACAUCUCACUGAUACCAACGGCCUUACGAGUCAAAUGUCAGCGGUAUCGACCCGACGAGCUUAACGAGCUCAGAGCGUUGUGGAGAGCCGCGCCUCAGCAAGGACGACUUUCGAUAUAUUAUGCCGCGCGCUUGUUUGAAACCGUGCGAUCACAUUGGUGCACACAUUUCUCCACCCCUGUUCUCUUUCUCAAGUCCGCCCUUCUGUUGUGGACAUACUCGGCCCUGUAUGUUACAACCACGUAUGGUACAGCGGAUGAGCCGUCCAUUGUCAUUGCGACCUUAGACGACAGAAGUGCCUCGUUGAAUGAGUGGCUAGAGCGUGGGUCGGGUCGCGUCAAGAUAGCAGGAGUUGGUAGUAUGAUGACGGACGAGGGUCGAGCGAGACUUCUGGACGAAUCUAUCUCGGCGAUGAGGUCGCUAAAGUGCUGGGGUGUAAGCAAGAUGUACAGUCAGGUUCUGACACGGUUGCGAGGCAAGUGA